AUGAUUCAACGCCUUUGUUUUUCAAUUAUUAAGAUGUGCACAGGUGCCUACUUCACGAGAAAUGUCAUCUCCAAGACGCAUUUCUUGGUCCCUCUGCCGCGUACUUUGCACUUUGUUGGUCGUCAAUACGAACUUCGUACAUUGCAUUCCCGAAUGGACUCAAGUGGUGAUGGCCAAGUUGUUUUAUCACUUUGUGGGCUAGGCGGCAUUGGUAAAACACAGAUUGCAAUCCAAUUUGCGCAUCAAGUCAUUGAGCGAGAUACUGGGAUUUCUGUAUUCUGGGUUAAUGGUGCUAGUAUAAGCGCUGUCCAGGAAUCCUACUAUCGCAUUGCUGUUCAGUGCGGCAUACUUAGCACUGACCAGAUAAAUUCUUUCUUCAUGUCUAGAGUCAAGCGCUGGCUCGAGAGUGAAAGCGCUGGCAGGUGGCUCAUGAUAGUCGACAACGUGGAUAACGCAUACGAGUUUCUCAAUGGUGAAGAAGCUGCAGGCAAAGCACCCUUAGCGCAUAUGCCAAAGUGCUCACAUGGCUCUAUUCUAUACACGACAAGAGAUCUCGGGUUCGCCGAGCAAGUUUCAUUCUCGAACAACGUCAUUAAAGUCUCACCGUUGAGUGAGUCAGAAUCAAUUGCACUUCUCAAGAAGAUUGCAACGUCGCCCACCAAUUCCAGGAGUCCAGACGAUCAAUCAAGUUCAGACGAUCUAGCCUUGUUGUCAAAGGAACUUGGAUAUCUCCCUUUGGCUAUUGCUCAAGCUGCCAUAUAUAUGGACACAUUCCGUCUCCCGGUUUCGGAGUAUUUGCGCUAUUUUGAGGAUCAGGAAACAGCCAGGCGUGUUCUGAAUUUUGAAGCACCCGACUUCACAAGGGACAAAGGAUGGGAGUCCCUUUACUCAACCUGGAAGAUAUCCUUCGACCGCAUUCGAGAGAGAAACACUCUGGCAGCUGAUGUGCUGGCGCUUAUGAGUUUUUUCGACCCGGACACGAUUCCCAUUUCUCUCCUUGCCGAGGAAUUCACGGACAAAUUAUUAUUGAGCGAUGCAAUCUCGACGCUCAGGGCCAUGGCACUCAUUUCUCCCAACAAUGAAGGAAGAACUUACGCCAUUCACCGCCUUAUCCAGCUAUUCAUGCAGAACUGGCUUGAGUCUCAAGGCGACAGGCAGCGCUUUCUAUCGAUGUCUUUGCGCCUGCUAGCUCGGCUGUUUCCAACAGAUCAGAACAAAGGUUACAAUACUUCUACUAUGUUGUUACAACAUGCCACAAAAGUCCUGACACUCGAGGGAGUCUCUGAAGAGGAUUCACUAGUCCGCGCCGAGCUCCUGGAGAAGGUGUCACAUUACGAAUUAAAGCUUGGAAGACUACAGAAUGCAGAGAAAUUUGCUCUAGAGGCACUCCAGAUAACAUCGAGACUGCCUGGAAGCACUGCUAGAGAUGUUGCAAGCUGCCAAGUUCAGGUCGCGAAAGUUCUGUUGGCGCUUGGCAGAUACCGUGAGGCAUGGGAGUUAGCUACUGAGUCCUUCAGAAGUUUCCAAGCAAUAGAUUCAUGCGGACCACACACACUUAGCAGCAUGGACAACCUUGCUGAAGUACUUCGGCAUCAGGGUGAGUACAGAGAGGCAGAGCAGAUGCAUCAGAAGACACUCGAAUUGAAAAUCAAAUUGCUGGACGAAUCACACGUCGACACGCUGACUAGCAUGGCCAACCUCGCGUCAACCUAUCGGAACCAGGGUCGGUGGGAGGAGGCCGAGAAGCUCGAGGUGCAGGUCCUGGAGACUCGCAAGACGAAGCUCGGCGCGGACCAUCCCGACACGCUAAUGAGUAUUGCCAACCUAGCGUCGACCUACCAGAGCCAGGGCCGGUGGGAGGAGGCCAAGCAGCUCCAGGUGCAGGUCCUAGAGAUAAGCAAGAUAAAACUCGGUGCAGACCAUCCCGACACGCUAACUAGCAUAAAUAACCUCGCGUCGACCUACCAGAACCAGGGUCGGUGGGAGGAGGCCGAGCAGCUCUUUGUGCAGGUUAUAGAGACUCGCAAGACCAAACUCGGCGUGGACCAUCCCAACACGCUAACUAGCAUAAACAACCUCGCGUUGACCUACCAGAACCAGGGUCGGUGGGAGGAGGCCGAGCAGCUCUUUGUGCAGGUUAUAGAGACUCGCAAGACCAAACUCGGCGUGGACCAUCCCAACACGCUAACUAGCAUAAACAACCUCGCGUUGACCUACCAGAACCAGGGUCGGUGGGAGGAGGCCGAGCAGCUCUUUGUACAGGUUAUAGAGACUCGCAAAACCAAGCUCGGCGUGGACCAUCCCGACACGCUGACGAGCAUAACCAAUCUCGCGUUGACCUACCAGAACCAGGGUCGGUGGGAGGAGGCCGAGCAGCUCUUUGUGCAGGUUAUAGAGACUCGCAAAACCAAGCUCGGCGUGGACCAUCCCGACACGCUGACGAGCAUAAUCAAUCUCGCGUUGACCUACCAGAACCAGGGUCGGUGGGAGGAGGCCGAGCAGCUCUUUGUACAGGUUAUAGAGACUCGCAAAACCAAGCUCGGCGUGGACCAUCCCGACACGCUGACGAGCAUAAUCAAUCUCGCGUUGACCUACCAGAACCAGGGUCGGUGGGAGGAGGCCGAGCAGCUCUUUGUGCAGGUUAUAGAGACUCGCAAAACCAAGCUCGGCGUGGACCAUCCCGACACGCUGACGAGCAUAAUCAAUCUCGCGUUGACCUACCAGAACCAGGGUCGGUGGGAGGAGGCCGAGCAGCUCUUUGUGCAGGUUAUAGAGACUCGCAAAACCAAGCUCGGCGUGGACCAUCCCGACACGCUGACGAGCAUAAUCAAUCUCGCGUUGACCUACCAGAACCAGGGUCGGUGGGAGGAGGCCGAGCAGCUCUUUGUGCAGGUUAUAGAGACUCGCAAAACCAAGCUCGGCGUGGACCAUCCCGACACGCUGACGAGCAUAACCAAUCUCGCGUCGACCUACCAGAACCAGGGUCGGUUGGAGGAGGCCGAGCAGCUCUUUAUGCAGGUCAUAGAGACUCGCAAGACGAAGCUCAGCGUGGACCAUCCUAGUACGCUGACGAGCAUGGCCAAACUUGCCUUUGCCUAG